AUGGAAAAAAAAAUUAAGUUACCCUUUUUUAUUAAGAUUUUUUCGUAUAUCAUUUUAAGUUUGAUAUAUCAUUUUUAUCAUGAUAUGAGUAACUUUAAUAAAUAUUUGGAUGGGGAAUACAAUACUGAAGUAACGCUAAAUAAAAGAACUCAUCGAUUGCUGGCAAAAAGUAAGCAAAAAAAAGGUUAUAUUACUACAGGUAUAGUGAAAAAUAUACCAUCUAUCAAUGAAUACGAAAAAAUGUGUGCAACUAAUAAUGCAAAAGCACAAAAAGUAAAAAAUAAAAAAACACCUCAAUGUCCAUUAAAUAAUACAGUAGGCUAUGAACAGACUAAGAAAACUAAAGCUUCAGUAUACAAUAGAGGAAAUUCAUAUUUUGAAAAAAGAGUGUUAGACAAAAUAUAUUAUAAAAAUAAAGUUAGGUAUUUUACUAAUUCUGAUUUAUUGUUUUUAAAAAAUGAUAUAAAAGUAAAUAAAAGUAUUAUCAGUGCUGCGACUAGCUUCUUUUUAAUAAUUGGAGUAAUAGGAGGUAUUUCAUAUAUAUUUAAUCUUGAAAAUGUAGAAUUUAAUUUUACUUUAGAUUGGAAUAAUGGAAUGAUUAUAUUAUGUUCGAUAUUUGUGCUUAUAGGUAUUAUAGUAAUGAUAUGUUUGUACAGAGAAAUUGUAAAGUAUGGAAAAUUAAAACAAAUAAAGAGUAAGAUGCAUAAUACUGAAUAUCCUUCUUUAUGA